AUGACAAGAGUUGAAGAAGUUGAAAAGGAAUGCCAGAGCGUCAAAUACUACAUAGAGACCUCCAACCACUGCGGCGUGAUGGAAGAUCUGCUCUCCACCCUCGCCCUGCAGGCCGGCGCCUACUCGGACAAACGGGCUGCAGACAAGCUCUGCAACCUCGCCACCGUUGCCCUCACGCCCGGUGUCAGCGACGAAUGGCUCUACGGCCGGGCCGGGUAUCUGUACCUGCUCCGCCUGGCCAAGUCCGGCUUCGCCCCCAAUAACGACCUCGAGAUGCUCGACCGCAUCCAACACACCGCCCAGGCCGUCAUCGCGGCCAUCCUCAACUCACCGCAACCCUGGUCCUGGCACGGCAAGGUCUACCUCGGCGCCGUGCACGGGACCAUCGGGAUCAUCACCCAGAUCGUGCUGAGCGACCCUGCCUGCGCGGCAAGGCUGGAGCAGCUCCUCGACUCGCUGCUGCGGAUCCAGAACGAGGACAGCGGGAACUGGCCCUCCUCGUUGCCGGCCGGACGGAGGGAUCGGCUCGUGCAGGUGUGUCAUGGCGCGCCGGGCGUGGUCGUGUCGCUGUUGGGCAUCGGGAAGUAUUUUCCCAACCCUUUGCUCGCCAACCAGGAUGUCCAUGGAGCUGGAGCAGGGAUGGGUAUCGGGUCGGGUCUGUGUCAUGGCGUGUCGGGGAACGCGCUGGCGUUGGCGGAGGGGGAUCUGGACGCCUUCUUGGCUCAUGCGACGGAGGAGAGGAUGGGCCCGCUGAUCGAGGCCGGCGUCAUGGAGCCGAGUAGUCACCCCGAGGGCCUCUGGACGGGCGAGGCCGGCAGAGCGUGGGUAUGGGCGGUGGCUGAUAUGGGGUUGGAGAGGGGUUUGCUCGGGUACAAUGAUCGCUGA